UCGCCUCACAUAAAUCUCACCGGUCCAGAUAAAUCUCUUCUUUUAAGACAGAAAAUCACCAAAUCGGAAGAUUGUGAGACGCUGACAUGAAAACAGAAAUAUUUCAUUUGAUAUUCCUUUGUCAAAUAUAUGGACAAAGUUUGUGCCGAAAUGAAACCAGACCCAAUAUCGUGAUGGUGAUGAGUGAUGCAUUUGAUGGGCGAUUGACCUUUGACCCUGGCAGCAAAGUUGUGCAGCUGCCGUAUGUAAACUACCUCAGGGAGCUCGGUACCACUUUCCUCAACGCUUACACCAACUCGCCCAUCUGCUGCCCCUCGAGAGCAGCAAUGUGGAGCGGUCAGUUUGUUCACCUCACUCAGUCGUGGAACAACUACAAGUGCCUUGAUGCUAAUGCAACGACAUGGAUGGAUUUGCUGGAGGCAAAUGGAUAUUUUACCGAGUCGAUGGGCAAGCUGGAUUACACCUCCGGGAGUCACUCUGUUAGCAAUCGGGUCGAGGCCUGGACACGAGACGUUCGGUUCGUCCUGCGCCAAGAAGGCCGGCCUGUUGCGCAACUCGUCGGGAACACGUCCACGGUCAGAAUCAUGAGAAAAGACUGGGAGAACACAGACAAGGCGACACAGUGGAUCCACCAGAGAGCCGCGUCCUCACGCCAGCCCUUCGCACUAUAUCUUGGCCUUAAUUUACCUCACCCCUACAAAACAGAAUCCCUGGGGCCCGCCGCCGGAGGAUCCACCUUCCUUACGUCACCAUACUGGCUGAAGAAGGUGUCUUCCGAGCACAUCGCUGUUCCUAAAUGGCUGCCUCUCGCUGCCAUGCACCCUGUCGACUACUACUCCUCCGUCGCCAAAAACUGCAGCGGUGUUUUCACGGAGGACGAAGUCAAAAGCAUACGGGCCUUCUAUUACGCCAUGUGUGCUGAAGCAGACGCCAUGCUGGGCCAAGUGAUUUCAGCUCUGAGAGCGACCGGCCUGCUGGACAACACUGUUGUGAUCUUUACGGCUGACCACGGAGAGCUCGCCAUGGAGCACCGGCAGUUCUACAAGAUGUCAAUGUUUGAAGGCAGCUCCCAUGUCCCCCUGAUGGUCAUGGGGCCUGGGCUGAUGUCUGGCCUGCAGGUCAAGGAGCUUGUGUCCUUGGUUGACCUCUAUCCCACUGUGUUGGACAUUGCUGGUAUUCCAGCAGUAGGUACUCUCAGUGGCCACACACUCCUUCCUCUGCUAUCCAAGGCCACUGAUGUUUCCAAGAAGCCACAUCCAGACUGGGUUCUGAGUGAAUAUCAUGGCUGUAAUGUCAAUGCCUCCACAUACAUGCUGAGAAGUGGCCGGUGGAAAUACAUUGCCUAUGCAGAUGGUCUGAGUGUCCCCCCACAGCUUUUUGACAUAACACGGGACAAGGAAGAACUUCACAAUGUCGCUCUCAAAUUCCGAGUUGUGCAGGCACAUCUGGACAAGAUAUUGCGUCGUAUCGUAGACUAUCCAAAGGUCUCUAGAACUGUGCAUCUCUACAAUAAACAAUCAUUUGCUGCCUGGCACCAAAGUUUGGGGAGAAACUACAGCCAGGUCAUUGCUAACCUCAGGUGGCAUGUGGAUUGGCAAAAAGAUGCAUUGGCUAAUGAGAGAGCUAUUGACAACUGGCUCUCGGACUCUUUGUGAUACUGUUUUUUUUAUUGUUGAAAUGAUGGUUACCUUUAAGUGUUUUUUUCUUCUUAAUGCACUGGACUCACAUGGGCUAUCACAUCUUUGACCAUGUGAGAGACAUUGAUGGAUGGCUCUAUGACUCCUUAUGAUAUUUAUACUUAAACAAUUGUAUUGAUGCAUAAUCUCAGAGUAUCCCUUUCAAUGUACUAGGUUCACACUUCGACUCAAUCUGGAUUUUAUUUUUAUAUUUGAUAUGUCUGACUAAUUUGCACAAACUCCCAGAGGGAUUUAAAUUAGUGCUGUGAAAAAUAACGCGUUAACUCAGUUAAUCCAAUUACAGGUUUAACUAGUUAUUUUUUUUAAACGCAUUUAACGCAUGCGCAGAAUGAGCUUCCAAUCCGUCUGUUGUUGGUCGUCGGGACGAAAGAAAGUCACUUGCAAAAUGAGCUUCCAAUACACCACUUCAAUCUGAACUCUGUCCGCUCUCAUGCAGACGGUCUGUUCAUCGGUAAUGAUCCUUCCGCAGGUUCACCUCCGGAAACCUUGUUACGACUUCUACUUCCUGUAGAUCAGGGUCUCAACACGUCGAUCGCGACCAGCCAGUCGAUCGCGGCGUAGUGUCGGCAGAUCGCAUGACAUUAAAAAGAUUGGCCCGCCCCCUGACAUGUUCUCUAGAGCACGUCUUUGUUCUUUUAUUAAACUAAACGUCUGUUGUUGAUCGUAUCUCCACAGCAGCAUGUCAUCUCUGUCUCUACGCGUUGCGUUAACACUUAUCGAUCUCCGUCUGGCGCGCCACAGACAUCCGUGCGCGCGCAUCGGGACCGAGCAAAAAAAGUCACUUGUCAAUCUGUCCACCUUUAGAUUGUAUCAUGGUGGAGUUAAUGGUUGACAAACAAGAGAAAAAUGCUCUGUUUAACCCUCCUGUUACCUUUACAUUUACUAACAUAUUUUACCCUCGGGGUCAAUUUGACCCCAGCAAUUAAAACCUCCAGAAAAUUAUUAGAAUUAAUAUUGUUUCCCAAGUUUAAGUGUGAGGUACUUUAUGUUUGUUUGUUGACUACCUAAAUAGCCCUUUAAAUAAAUAAAAAAGUUGAUAUUUCUGAUAUGUUUGACAGUGAAAAACAGCCUGGGGUCAAAUUGACCCCAAAGAACACCGACAUUAAACAUUGAAUGGGGUCAAAUUGACCCGAAAGGUAACAGGAGGGUUAAACAUUCUGUUUAGGAUGAAGAUGUAUUAAUGUUCCAUAUGGAAGAAAACUGCUAAAUAACUGCUGAGUUGCAGCACCAUUGUAUAGAAGAAUGUAUAAAUGUAUAUAUCCGUCUUUUGUCAUAAAUCUCUAUGUUCUCACAAAAUAUACCAAGAAUAUCGGUCAUAUGUGAUUAAUCAUGAUUAAUCCACAAAAACCUGUGAUUAACCCGAUUAAAAAUUUUAAUCGUUUCACAGCCCUAAUUUAAAUAUAACAUAACCAUGAUGUGAAUAUAUGACAUUAUUUCCAUUGUUAAAAAGAUAUUUUCUUGACCCAAAUAAAUUAAUAUCGAGUUAA